AAAGGAGGAGAGAAGGCGCAAAAUCAAAGUUUGUCUGAAGAAUUCCUGUUAAAGGAUUAUUUUGUUCUUAUUGCAAUCAUUCAUAUAUUGAAGGCAGAAAGACCAAAUGGAAAGUCAGUUAGCAAAGAAGUAAUAAAAAGAAAUUCACAAUGUUCCUGCAGUGUAGAUAAAAACAACAACAAAAAAAAAUGCAAUUAGCUACGUUUUAUUAGCCAGUCAUGUACUCAACCUAUAGAAAGUCGCAGUACAAAGAUACAAUUAUUAGUGGAAAAACAACAUCAGUAAUAAUAAUAAUAAUAAUAAUAAUAAUAAUAAAAAUAAUGAUAACUGUCAGCGGCAACAUCCAUGCGUCUGUACAGUGCUGGAGCCUUAACGGGGACCACCACUGCAUAAUUAUUAUCCUCCUCUUCUGAAAACGCGAAAACUUCAAUGUAACGACACCACACUGCCAUUGACAACACUCUCAACUCUGGUAAUCACGUAUUUUUCCCCCCACACAUGUAUACGGUUUGAUACACUUUACACCAUUACCUGAGAAAAUGUAGAAACUCCGCGGGUAGACUAAAGUAUUCAGGAAAGUUGGAAUAAAAUACAAAGAUAAACAUCGAACAGAGAUGCAUCAAACUCGGGAUGUAUUUGAUGUGUGCGUACCUGUAAAACAAAACGUUCGGUGUAAGACUGAUGAAUGAAUAGGAAAUAAAGGGAAAGUAAGCACUAAUAUAGUCUAGUAACUAACUAGAUAUCAAACCAAGUUAUAUAAUUCCUUUAACAAAUUCACCUUUAUGAGGAUACAAAGAUUAUACGUUGGUAAUAAUAAUAAUAAUGAUAAUGUAAGUGAGAAUGAACUUCGAUGCGCAUUUCUCUUGUCUUUUAAAUCAUAACCUCAGGCCAUUUAAAUAUGGCUAUCCAGAGAGGCAGCCCACUGCUGUGCGCUCUCAUUUUUUUGUGUGUUUUACGCCUGAAUUACACUUUUUUGAGUCUGAAAGUUAUCCACACUGUUCCGGGAAUGCAUGGACUUACUCAUUCCCUCAGAGAAGACUGGCUAUGGACCUGCCAUCACAUUAGUUCUCAGUCUGCCUUUGUUCCUGUCCUGACAGCAACACUGUUCAAGAUGCCUGUGGUGGAAGAAGACAUGGAGGCAAUCCUUCCUGAGGAUCCUCCCGAGUCACAAGUAAUGCUGUCCAGUGUGGAGGUGAAGGUGUACAAGCGGAGGUGGUGGAUCCUCUUCCUCUUUGCUGGGAUGGGCUUCAUGCAGUGUGCUGUGUGGAAUACAUGGGGGCCAAUCACAGCCACAGUAAAGACAGCAUACCCCAAGUGGGAUGAUGCAGAGAUAGCCUUGCUGUCCAUGUGGGGCACCAUCACCAUGAUCACUGGGCUUGUCCCCAUGACCAUCCUGCUGCAGGCCAAGGGUCUUCGUGUGAGUUUGCUGGUCACGGGCUUGCUAUCCAUGGGCACAGGAAUAAGAUGUUUCUCCACAGAGGAGCAGGCAUUUACAGUCCUGGCCCACAUAGGAGCUGUGCUGAAUGGCUUUGCUGGAAUCAUCAUUGGUGCUGCUCCCUCACUUCUCUCAUCUAGGUGGUUCCCUCACAAUGAACGUACAACUGCCACCGGUAUUGGGUGCACCUUCAACCAGCUGGGCAAUGCUGGUGGCUUCUUCCUGGGUCCUUUAAUGGUCCAUCUGCCCAUCAACCAUACCAAUCACCAGGGGAACUCCACUGAGGCUGACCUGAACCCUGAGCAAAUAGAGGCCUUGAGAAUGAGCAUUCGGGACUACAUGUGGAUCAGUUUUGGCAUUUGUGGAGCUCUGUUCCUUGGAGUCAUUGCUUACUUCCCCGAGAAGCCAAGAAAACCUCCUUCCCUCACUUCCUUCAUGCAUGAGAAACCUGCACCAUUUGCCAAGGACCUCAAGUUGCUACUCUGCAACAAGAACAUCUGGCUACUUGUGGUGCCCUACGCCAUCACCCUGGGGAUCAAUGUGGCAUGGUCCAGCGUGCUAGACAUCAAUGUGGCUGCCUUUGGCAUUGAUCAGAAUGAGGCCAGCUGGAUGGGGGUGUACGUGACCUGCGGGGGAGUGGUCUUGGCCAUCAUUGCCUCCCGCUUCUCAGAUCUCCUCUUUGGCUACAUGAAGCUGACCAUCAUCUGCCUCAUGGUGGUGGCGACAGCUGGCUACACAUGGUUCCUGCUCCUCAUGAAUCAGUGCCUGCCAUUCAGCAAAGUCCAGCUCUUCAUCAGUGUCAUCAUUGGGGCUUCCUUCAACUACGCCUGCUCUCCUCUCUUCUUUGAGCUGGCAGUGGAGUUGGCCUACCCCGUGUCUGAGGGAGUGGUGGGUGCCUUCCUCACCAUCUGCUGGAACAUUGUGGCUGCGCUCUUCCUGUUUAUCAUGCAGACUCCCAUCGUCAAAAAGAGUGUACUUUGGAUGGACUACCUGCUGGCAAUCCAAGGGCUGGUGGUGGUGCUAAUGAUGGUUUUAGUUCGGGAGGAGUACAGGCGCACCUCUGUGGACAAGGCACCAGCGGAGGACCAGGUGGUGGCAGUGGGUGCAUCUUCAGCUCUUCCUGACCAGUGCUCAGACCAACAAACAGAACCAGCCUAACCUUGCCAUGCAUUAGGGAUAGGUAUUGUGUGUUGUGUGUAAGCUUGGUAGAGAAAUUUCAAUGAUUGCAGUGAAGGUUUCUGAGUUUCUGUAUUACUGCAGAAUAUUGUGAUAUGCUUUCAAGGUCAUGGUGCACUUUGAGAUGGUGAGAAUCACUGUGUUAUGUUACCAAGUGGCCAUUGAUGGUUUGUGAUGGUGGUAAUUGAUAGUGAAUUCAUUACCACCGAGUUUUAGCAGUUAUCGGCAAUCAUGGAUGAGUGUGUGAAUGAAUGCCUGAAUAAGAAUAUUUUUGUAUAGAUUUCUGUAUGUAUUUUAUGUAGGAUUAUUUUAAUAUGACCACUAUAACAUUGUAGGCAUUAAAGAGUACCAAAUCUCCUGUAAGUGGAAUGAGUGUUGGCUGUAUGAAGGUGGACUGGUGCCUUCCAUCAUGAGGCAGAUGCACAGUAACAAAUUUUACAACUCUAUCAAACCUCUGCCACACAUUGUACUCUUACUCAUACUCCUCUUCAGUGUGGCAUAUUCACAUGACAUCACAAAUGCACUUUGUGUUACUGAACAUUGUCAGUAGCACAUGUGUGUCAAGAACACUGCAGCCUUCAUACAACCAACAGCCAUGUUCGGGACAUUGAUGACCAUAUAUGCACACAGAUGGUGUCAUUGGAAACCGAUAUAUAAUUAUCGGUUUUCUGUGCAGUAAUAGAGCCUAUUUUGAUAUGUAUAGUGCACAUCACUACAGACACCUUUAUAACUGAUAAGAUUGAAAAGCAAGGAAGUGCAACACUGCAUAUGCAUGUCAGCAUUGUGUGAAAUGAGUGCAGUGGUUUCAGAUACCAGGCCUCACAAUAUGCAGUUGCACCUGAAACUAUUUUAUGCUAUUCACUAGCAUUACAGUUCAACAGUUCAAAUAUAAUAAGUCAGAGCACUUCAGUCCUUGUUCCAGAUGAGUAAUUGGGUUGAAGCUGAAGUUAAUUUUAUUAUGGUUUUGUUGGUGCCUUAGUGAGGAAUGGUGAUGUUCUGCAGAAGUUGUCUUUUUAUAAGACAAAUAAUCAUCUUGAUUUGCAGGAAUUGUCAGGAGAGAAAACUAUUAAGAUUUUUUAAAAUCUUUCAUAUUUAAAAAUCUGCAGUGAAAUAGCAACUUUUUAUAUUUAAUAUCUAUUUAACAUAAUUUUACUGAUUCAAUAUGCACUUCAUAUAUAAUUUAACCAAUCAACUUUUUAUACUCUGUAUUUUUCAUAUAUAAUUUUACAUUAUCUUUGAUAAUUUACAAUUGUUUGCUUCUGAAGUAUUACUGAACUUAAAUAUGUACUUGUACAUAUCUUGUAGAUGUUUUAAUUAUGUAGAUGUUUUAAUUAAUUUAUUUAUUUCUUAGUCAUGGAUACAAUAUUGUCAUGUCUGAGUGCCAGGGCUCUGUGAGAGAGGUUGGAAG